AUGUUUCAUAAGGAAUGCGUGGAAUUCGCAGAUUUGCGAAAUCGCAAAGCCAUCGAAUACUGUGACCCGUGAAUGCAAGAAGCGAUGUUUAUACAUCGUUCGGUUUCAACCAUUGAAAAGCGUUCGAGCGCUGCAUCGGAUGACGGCAUGGUCAACGAUGAAGUUUCACGUUCGCUUCGUCGACUUUCCUCUUUACCUGCCGAUUUUUGCUGCUCAAUCUGCAUGAACAUCUUUACUAAGGUAAUGUUAACAAAUGUUUUAAUAUGUUAAUC